GUAACAGUUGUUGUUUAACACUAAUGUUUAAUUGUCAAUAAAUUGACUGAUCAAUUUAAUUCCUGAUUAUCAUUCUAAAUGGACUUUUGGCAGCAAGUUUUCUUGCAACUAGCUUAAGCGUAAUGCGUUAACAUUUGCACAAUGUGUAAUCACUUCCAUAUGUGUAUAUAUCGUGUGGAAUAUGUGGAAAGCAUGUGCCGCUAACUUAUCCAAAGGUUAAGGUUUAACUAAGCAUAUUUAAUUAUUGCACAACUCUUACAUAGCCCAGAUGCAGUCCAACACAAUGUCUGCCAAGCCACCGAUAUUAAUUAUUGAGCCAUUCUUCGGCGGCAGCCACAAGCAGCUCAUAGAUACGUUAAUUGAGUGCUUGAACCUGGCCGACUAUGAGAUCUUUAGUCUACCUGCCAAGAAGUGGCAUUGGCGUGCACGCACCUCUGCUCUGUAUUUCUCGCAGCUAAUACCGCCGGAGCACGAUUACAAAGUGCUGCUAACGAGCUCCGUGCUAAAUUUGGCGGAGCUUAUUGGGGUCCGGCCCGACCUUGUCAGCUGCCGCAAGAUUGUUUACUUUCAUGAGAAUCAACUGGUGUAUCCGGUGCGUGAGGUCAAGGAACGGGACUGCCAGUAUGGUUUAAAUGAGAUUCUUACUUGUCUCGCCGCGGAUAUUGUCCUUUUCAAUUCCAACUUUAAUCGCAUGUCCUUUUUGGACAAUGUGCAACCCUUUCUGAACAUCCAGCCCGACUUUAAACUGAAGCACAUACGAGAGCGCAUCGAGAAGAAAUGUGAAGUGCUGUAUUUUCCCAUCAAGUUUCAUGCCUUUCCCAAUAAGCGGCACAUCAUGGACGCGGAGAUCAACACGGAGCUGGACAGCUUGCAUUUGAUUUGGCCACAUCGCUGGGAGCACGACAAAAAUCCGAAGCUGCUCGUGGAAGUGCUUAUGGAGCUGAACAAGCGUCAGGUUGACUUCAAGGUGACAAUUUGCGGUGAGAGCUACCAGGCGGUGCCUGAGGCCUUCGAUGGCAUACAGGAGAAGCUGGGAGCCAAGCUCAUUAACUUUGGCCACCUCACGCGCGAGGAGUAUAUAAAAACGCUGCUAACUGGCGAUAUUGUCAUCUCGACGGCUGGCCACGAGUUCUAUGGUGUGGCCAUGUUGGAAGCCACCUAUUGCGGCUGUUAUCCGAUUGCGCCCAACAAGCUUGUAUAUCCAGAGAUUUACCCAAAGGAGAACCUUUACAAUACGUCCAAUUCGCUGAUUAAAAUGCUUUACAACUGGUGCCGCAAUCCGGAAAUCUUCCGCAGGCAUCGGGACAAAUUCUUUGACUACUUCACCUUUGAACGCUACUCGGCACAGCAUUUGGUGCCCAAGUAUAUGGAAAAGAUGCGCAUUUCGGUUUAGUGGUGCCUUAAAGACACAUCAGUGCGUAAUAUGAUAAUUCCAAUUGCUGUUUUGUGCAAUAAGCAUCGAAUUUAGUCUGUAAGCCAAGCGAAAGAUAACUAGAUAACUGACCAAUUUACCAGUAACACACACAUAAUAAUAAAUAGGUAUAUAUAUCUACCUAUACACAAAUAAUUAUAUAGUUGAAAGCCAUAAGUUGAUACGACCUGUUCACAAUUGCUUAGAUGCAGCAGUACUCUCUUUUUAAAUCCUAUCCUACAUGUUUAUUUUUUAUACAAUUGUUAAAAUAUGAAUUGCCAGUUUUUGGCAGCAGGUUAGCUGCGAGUUGUUGUCGUCAAAUAUGCAUUUCGUUAUAGAUUUAAAUUGCGUUUGUUAUAUGCCUAAGAUUGAUGCGACUAUAAAUAUGUGUUUGCCUUAAAUC